CCAAGGCAAAAAUAAUAGGUUUAAACAUUUUGAACUGAAAAAAAGGAAAAAAAAAAAAAAACUCAAAGUACUGCACAUGAUGGGUAGCAGCUGGGGGAGAAGAGUGGGAAAUGUGAGAUCAUUCAUGGGAAAUUUAAUGGGAGGCCUCAGAGGAUCAAGCAAUCUGGCUUCUUGGGUUGUUGCUGGAACUCUCGCUUAUUUCCUUUGGGUGAAACCCUCUCGGGAUCUCCAAAAACAGCAACAGGAAAGGGUAGCUCUUGCAGGUUCAGAUCCUUAUCGCUAUGUAGAGAAACGAAAACCAAUUCCUGAUCCUCAGGAGACGGGAUUGAUAUACGGCAACAAGAAGAAAUCUGAUAGUAAAACAGAGGAAUAAUGUGUUAUACAACUAGUUCGUAAGUUUGGGUUUCAAUAAGUUUCCAAAAGCUGUUAGAAUUUGGAAUUGAAUGAUGAUUUUGGGUUAAAUGCUCAACUUAGGAUUUAAAUUUUGAAUAAUUUCAAUUAAGGAUCAUACAUUUUAUUUUAGAUUAAGAUAAAAUGUUUUCCAUAUUCUUUAAAUAAAGAUUUUUUUACUAACGGAAUGAGUUAAGUGAACAACACUCGCCGUUAAAUAGAAUGAUAUUUAGUUUGCAUGUAGUAUUUGUUAAGAAUUUUUUUCUAACUGAAAUGGAAUGAGAUAAGUGAAUAACACUCGCCGUUAAAUAGAAUGAUAUUUAGUUUGCAUGUCAUAUUUGUUAAGAAUUUUUCUAACAGAAUGAGAUAAGUGAAUAAAAUAGAAUGCCAUAUUUAAUUAAAUAGAAUGAUAUUUAAUUUGUAUGUCAUAUUUGUUGAGGCAGCAAAUAAAAAUAUUAUUUAUUGGUGAUGUGUCAUUUUUUCUUUUCUCUCUUUAAUUUCUUUCCCUUCUCUAACAGUUAGAUCACUAUUCAUCUCUACCAAAAUUAUCAUGUUCAACAUUAUAGGGAGCUUUCAUCUUUGCUGCUGCCGCCAUGCUAGUAGGAACCGUCGUUGGCAAUGGCAUUUCUUCCUCUUUUCUCCUCUUCCUUGAGCAAAAACCCCAAAACGAAACCUAAUUGGCAUGUCUGUCUAAAAAUCCAUCUCUUACUCCAUGCCAAUUAAAAGACCCAAAAAAGAAGUUAGGAAUUACUAGAAAACAACUAUCAUACUGGAAAAAUGCAAGGAAUGAGUGGUUGCAAACAACUAGGAAUUAUCAGAAAAAUACCUAAAAAUGGACUUGUUAUGCAUGCUAUCAUACUUUUUCUGGUGACCUUCUUGUUUGUGAUGAUAUUCGCUUUGAGACCAAUGCAAAACAAUGGUGUUGGUGGCAACAACAGUCUAUUUCAAACGCCAUUUAUACCAGCUCCACCUACUGCUUAAUCAUAGGUUGCAAUGACUAGUUAUUGACUAGUGUUAGUUAUGUAGUACUUUUGUUUGAGUUUUGGGGUUUUUGCAUUGUCCUCUUUCCUUAGAUUGGUUUAAUGAAUCUAUCAUAGAGAUGAAAGUUUGAUGGGCUGAGACUUUUGGGGAGUUUUUUGCAUUUUCCUUUUUCUUCCUUUACCCCGUAAAAGGGCUUUGAUUGUGACUUAUGCGUGUUUUUACUCAUGUUUAUCACCAUCAUCCCCACCAAUUAACCGUUGUGGCCUUAGCAUUUUCUCAUUUUUAUCCUGACUAUUACCGACGCAUUAGAGAUGACUUGGUCUAUGUCCAUUAAAAAGGAAAAUGAAAAAAAAAAAAAAACCGAAAAAGUGUUAAAUAAAAUGUCUUGAAUGGGAAUUUAUUGGAUCUUUAAAAGGAAAACUUUGUGAAUUUCAAUGUGAGUAAUGAUAUGGAUUAUGGAUCAUUCAAAUAGAUAUUCCUUGCUCAAGUUGAUUUGUAUAUCAUAUAUAUAUAUAUGUAUAUAUCACAAUAUAUCAUAAGACUUGUGAUAAGAGAAUAGAAUUCUACUAGGAUAUGCUUGUAAAAUGGAAAAGAUUACAAUUCCUUCUGGAAAAAAACUA